CCUGGCUGACAGGCCUCAAGGCACCCGCCUGGAUGAAGGCACUCCCUUCAGAAAGAAGGAAGGCACAUACACCACCAAGCCCAAAACAAGAUAACGACCCCGCUGCCACGCACGGCCUUCCGACCAGCUUCUCCACCCAUCCCCAGAGCCCACGACAGCGGGCCGGGACCGCCCGCACCCACCCCGCGCUGCCCUGACUCAAGAUGGCGGCUCGGGGGCGGGCGGGCGGCGCAUGCGCCCCGGGGGCGGCGCUGACAGGCGGCUGCAUGGUGCCCGCCGCCCCGCCGCCGCCGAUGCGCUGAGGCCGCGCCGCGCCGGGCUGGGGGAGCCGGCGGCGGCCUGGGGGGUGGCGGCAUUGGGCCCGCGUUGCCGGCUCCCCAGCUAUGGCGAGCUACCUGCCCCCCUGCGUGAUAGACGGAGGCACCGGGUAUACAAAACUUGGCUAUGCAGGAAAUACAGAACCUCAGUUCAUUAUCCCAUCAUGUAUUGCAAUCCGAGAAUCAGCGAAAGUAGGUGACCAGGCUCAGAGGAGGGUGAUGAAAGGUGUUGAUGAUCUGGACUUUUUCAUAGGAGAUGAAGCCAUAGAUAAACCUACCUAUGCUACAAAGUGGCCUAUACGACAUGGUAUUGUUGAAGACUGGGACCUCAUGGAGAGAUUCAUGGAGCAGGUCAUUUUUAAAUACUUACGAGCUGAACCUGAAGAUCACUAUUUUUUAAUGACAGAGCCUCCGUUGAACACACCCGAAAACAGAGAGUAUCUUGCAGAAAUCAUGUUCGAAUCUUUUAACAUACCAGGACUCUACAUUGCUGUUCAGGCAGUGUUGGCCUUAGCUGCCUCUUGGACAUCACGGCAGGUUGGAGAACGUACUUUGACUGGAAUUGUCAUCGAUAGUGGUGAUGGAGUGACCCAUGUAAUUCCUGUGGCAGAAGGCUAUGUAAUUGGAAGUUGCAUCAAACAUAUUCCUAUUGCAGGUAGAGAUAUUACUUACUUCAUUCAACAGCUCCUAAGGGAAAGGGAGGUGGGAAUUCCUCCUGAACAAUCUCUGGAGACAGCAAAAGCCAUAAAGGAGAAAUACUGUUACAUUUGCCCUGACAUAGUGAAAGAAUUUGCCAAGUACGAUGGAGAUCCUCGAAAAUGGAUCAAACAGUAUACUGGCAUCAAUGCAAUCAACAAAACCAAGUUUGUUAUAGACGUUGGUUAUGAAAGGUUCCUUGGACCUGAAAUUUUCUUUCAUCCUGAGUUUGCUAAUCCUGAUUUUAUGGAAUCCAUUUCGGAUGUAGUUGAUGAAGUUAUACAGAACUGUCCCAUUGAUGUCCGGCGUCCAUUAUAUAAGAAUGUGGUCCUCUCAGGAGGAUCCACGAUGUUCAGGGACUUUGGACGACGACUGCAAAGGGAUUUGAAGAGAGUAGUAGAUGCGAGAUUGCGACUUAGUGAGGAACUCAGUGGUGGUCGGAUAAAACCCAAGCCAGUUGAAGUUCAAGUGAUAACACAUCACAUGCAGCGUUACGCAGUUUGGUUUGGUGGUUCCAUGCUGGCUUCAACACCAGAGUUUUUCCAAGUAUGUCACACCAAGAAAGACUAUGAAGAGUAUGGCCCUAGUAUUUGUCGUCAUAAUCCUGUUUUUGGAGUCAUGUCAUAAUGCUCGUCUAACGGAAACAAGAUCUCUGAUACCUUGCUGGUGAAGAAACUCAUGUAAAGCAGAGGAAGGCGGCAGAUACUGUAAAUACUGAAGCAAGAUGUGGUUAUCUCUUGGAAGCAUUUGGAUCACCACCGUGCACUAAAGCACAGCUUGCAGCCCCAGGUCAUUUCAGUAAAAGCCAUUUCUCUGCUGACUACUUUAAAGCCUAUCCUUUCUUCCUAAAUGUGGGGUAAUUGAAAAUAGGUAAGUCUUGGUUUAGGAGGUUGUGCAAAUACUACUGAAACUGAAUCUAGAAGAAUAAGGCAGUGUUUUACUGCUUGUGGAAAGAUUUAAACCUUUCCCACUUGUGCCCUGAUUUUGCAAUCAAAUCUUUAGCAAUGGAGCACUAAAUACCACAUUGCCUUCAGGGAAGUUGGAAUGGAUGCAGAUACCUGCCCAAAAGGAUUAGAUUGCAGGAUUGGGACCGUACUUUGUAAAGGUAGGUUUUUCAUAUCAUUUUGUAUUUUAUGAUAUUGGUAGGGUGAAUUGAUGACUAGUUCUAAGCACGAACAGCUAUCAAUGUCAUGGAGUGAUGUUACGCAUUUCCAGGUGUGAGGCAUGUAUUGGAGUUGUGCUGGUAUUUUUUCUGGAAAAAAAAAAAAAAGCCAUGUAUGCUAGAAACUGAUUUGUUCAUGUUUGGAUGACACAAACUAAGUGAUUUACAGUAUUGUAUGGAGUUUAUUAUAGCCACUGUUACUUUGUUCUGAACUUUCUGAAAAUGUUUUAUAGAAGAUGAUGUUUUGUUUUGAUGUUGGUGAGUGGUGGAUGACACACGGGCCUUGCACCAGUGAAAUAAAAGCUGUUAACAUCUUUA